GCUGAGUCAGCUGAUCAUUUGGUCACGUGACUCACCCUGACUGAGGACAGGAAGCAAAAUGCCUGAUGUGUAUGGAGGAGUGGAAGGGGGUGGGACACACUCCAAAGUGGUCCUGAUCUCAGAGGAUGGACAGAUCCUGUGUGAGACGGACGGCCCCUGCACCAAUCACUGGCUGGUUGGUACCGACAAGUGCUUGGAGGCCAUCAAUGCCAUGACGAUAGAAGCAAAGAAGAAAGCUGGCCUAGACCCUCAGCACCCCCUUAAAUGCCUGGGAAUGUCUCUGAGCGGAGGGGAGCAGAAGGAAGCCAUUAAGAACCUGAUGGAGGAGAUGAAAAGACGCUUCCCUCAAGUCAGUGAACACUUACACAUCAGUAAUGACACGCUUGGCGCCAUGGCGACCGCUACGCGGCACGGCGGCGUGGUGCUGAUAUCGGGGACCGGAUCCAACUGCAAACUGGUGAACCCAGACGGGUCGGUGGUUGGCUGUGGGGGAUGGGGACACAUGAUGGGAGACGAGGGAUCAGCGUACUGGAUCGCACAUUUAGGCAUGAAGACCGUGUUUGAUGCCACGGACAAUCUUGCGGAGCCCCCGUACGAUAUCGGCUAUGUGCAGCAGGCCAUGUUCACCUACUUCCAGGUGUCUAAUCGGCUGGGAAUCCUGACCCACCUGUACAGGACCUUCGAGAAGAGCAAGGUCGCCGGGUUCUGCCUGCAGAUAGUACAAGGCGCUGAGCAGGGGGAUCCUCUCUGCUGCUUCUUACUCCGACGAGCUGGUGAGGUCCUCGCCCGUCACGUUGUGGCCGUUCUACCGAAGAUAGACCAGGCACUUUUUCAGGGUAACCUGGGCCUUCCUAUUCUGACCGUGGGCUCCGUGUGGAAGAGCUGGGAGCUGAUGAAAGAUGGUUUCAUAGGCGUGUUGGACGGAGCCCGUAGGAGCCACGCAGGCAGCGCUUUCACCCGUUUCAGUCUCCUGAGACUCAAGCAGUCGUCGGCGGUUGGUGGAGCCAGUCUUGGAGCCAAGAACAUAGGACAUGAAAUACCUCUCAACUACGAAGCCAACGUUGAUGUCUACUACACACAUUCCUUUCAGUAGAUCCUGAAGGACCUUUUUUAAAUCCCAACUUUUUAUAGAAGAUAUCGAUUUUUUUUGUUUUUUUUUAGAAAUAGCCAUUUGCUAUACUAGGGCAGGGUUUCAGGUCAUCUGAAUAUAACAAUCGGUGCAUCGGCCGGAGAUAUUGACAGAUGGCCUGCUCCGUUGCACAAGGACACAGGCUUUCCAUCCGACGCAGAGGACCACUGGGCCGGCUUCUGGACAUAUAAGGGGCCACGUGUUGCGUAGGACACCGGCUCGCCUUAAAGCCCAGCAAUGUGAUAAUGUCAGGUUUCCGAGCCCUUUUUUCCGCACCUGUCGUCAAAUUACAUUUCCCGUUAACCCUAAGUUUAAAGUUCAGGAAAUAAGGCGUGGGAUUCUAACUCCCACCAUCCUCGGAGAAACCCUGGCUGCAGCCUAUCAAGCCGAUCAUUUUAUGGUCUGGCAGAAAGUACUAUUUCUUCGUUUUAUUUUUUUUAUUGUCACUGUGGUCUUAUAUUAAAGAUGGGGUUUCAUAAAAA